CUGCCUGUAUGAGUAUCCUGUCCGCCUCUAUCCAGUUGUGUAAGACUGACCGAGAACUGUCCUAUGACUUUAUGACCUCUCACCACAAGGACAAACUUAGAAUGUGUAUGGACAAUGUUGACCGUUCCCCCGUCCAGAUCAGAGAGAUUCUACAGAGGUACCACGGGGGUGACCAUGCUAACAGUGGACACCCACCAACCUUCACAAACUCUGGUGACAGGGGAAAUAACUGUGAUAAUUCUCUGUCUGCCAAGGGAAGUAACUCCCCACCCCGUCAUCUCGCAAACUUAUUUCGACAGGAAUUUUCUGAGCAGGGAAAAUCCCCUGAGAGUCCCCCACAUGAAAAGUUUGCUCAGUUGCUACGGGAACAGUCGCCAUUGGCAAGUGGGAGUGAUGAGGACGUCCGGUCAGGGGGACAUAACUCUAGACCUGUAGAGGGGGAAUCUUAUAAAGGGUCACGUGAUGAGGGGGAGGACACAGAGGAAAGAAAUAUCCCGGGGAGUCCCUCCUCUGAAACCUCAGGACAUUCAGCGGCAUCUAGAUAA